AGCAGAAAUUGUCAGAACACCGGCUCAUCUCCGCCGGCUCUCCUCCGGUGCUGACAUGAUGGGCGCCUGGACGCUCCGCUUCCCACAAACUGGCGUGGAGGGAGGGCACUAGUUUGAUUGAUUUUUUUUUUUUUAUUAUUUCUUUUAAAUGUAACCUUCCCGUUUUCUCUUCUUUUUCUCUCCUUUCUUUCUUUUUCUUUCUUUUUUUCCUCUGCCUCCUCCACCAGUCAGCCUGACGGUGGUACAGUAUGGCUUGGCCGUGCAUCAGCAGAGUGUGCUGCCUGGCUCGCUUCUGGAAUCAGUUCGACAAGUCGGACCUGUCGGUCCCGCUGACCGUGCACAGCUACUCGGACGUGUCUGAGCCGGAGCUGCGGGAUCUGCGGGAUCUGCGGGAGCAGCGGGAGCUGCGCUCCGUCACCAAGCAGGUGUCCGACUCGGAGCGCCGCGGCUCCCCCCGGGACGGCCCGCCGGCGACCCGCGGGUCCUCCAGGAGCUACAAGCCCCGGGAGGACUACCGGCCCCCCGGGGUGCCCUUCCCCAGCGUCACCCAGUACAAACAGGACUUCAAACCCUGGCCCAUUCCCAGGAAGGAGACUUUCCCUUGGAUUAGUAACGGGGGCAGCAGCAGCAGCAGGGCGGACAGUGUGUCGGACAGUCCGGGGAACAAGAGCCGGAGAUGCGGGGAGCAGCAGGUGAUGAUGGAGGACAGCAGGACCAGCUCCUACAGGCAAGAGUACAGGCCGUGGACAGGGGCGAAACCAGCCAAAAGCGCAAAAAGAAAUCCCCAAGCUCAAUACUCCAGUCCAGGGACAGAUGCCACCCGCAUCCCACGUGAGACCAGCUACCAGGCUGCCUACAGCGGGGAGAUCAGCAGGGCCACUAGCGUGCAUCAGGGAGAGCACAUUUUCCCGUCUGCUGCCUCCACCGUACAACCCCCCCCAGUCGCCCAGCUCGCCAUCACUGCCCCACAAGUUGGCAGCUCACCAAGUCCCUCCAGCCUCCAGCAAAGCGUUCUGCCCAACGGGACCGAGCCCAUUGGAGCAGCAAAGACAGAGGAACACCUGGUGAGGACCAAACUCCCCCCAAACCCUUCUGCCGUCUUUCAAAGUGGAUCGAGGGUCUUCAACAUCUGACAGCAGCUGCAAUCUUCUCCCAUUCCGCUUGGAUCAGGUUCACUUUCUAGGAAUCGACAGGGGAAUGUUUCCAGUCCACAACACAAGAAUCUAUGCAAGGGAAUGUAUUGUUGUGAACCCCGCAGACCUGCAGAUCCGUAUUGCCUCCUCCCCGCGCCCCCCAAAAAAAUCCUUUUGCACUUCUCUCUCCCCCUGUUGCUAUGGAAACAAAUAUGCAUGUAACAAUAGUUUUGAAUCAAUCUCUUAUUUUGUUUUUUCAGCUGUAGACGCACAAAAAAACCCUGGCUGCUCUGUGUGUUUGUGUGUGCGCGUGCUUUUCUUCUCCUUUUAUUGCACAUGAUGUCGACGCGUCGCCAACGAUGGAGGACGUUGUUAGUCAUCAAGUGUGUUUGCUUCGAGUGUUGCACUUUGGUGUUACAAAUUUGCUUGAAAAGAUGUUAUUUCCUUAGUACUCAGCAUACCAUUUUAGGAAAGUAUCGUUAUGUCUCUUUUGUAAAUCUGUUGUUGAAGAAAAAAUAGCAAUUAUAUCAUGUAAGUGAAAUUACAAUUAAAGAUUACUAGCUUUACUCUUUCACUUGUAUUUUUGGUAUAUUAAGUUUUGGCCAUUUACACGAUUAUAUGAAUGGGGUCCUU